AUGAGGCUUUAGCAUCACUUUCUCCGUCAGGUGGGGAAAAUGCCACGCUCGUUUUUGGUGAAGCAGCCGAAGGUUCACGAUUUCUCAUCUUCCAGCUACUACCAUCAUCAUCAUCUUCAUCAGCAGCAGCAGCAGCAGCACUGGGACGAGCCUUACUCUGUGACACAUGCCAUCACUGAGUCAGCUACCAACUUGGCCGUGCAUCUGAGUGAAAAUGGCUACAUCCAUGACUACAUCAUCCCCUCAAUGCUACCGGGCGCCAAAGAGCCGGGUCACGGUCGCGCCGGGCUCCCCUCCAGGCCCCUGUACUCCUCUGGAGCCAGCAGCGGCGAGGAGUUUUCCGACCAGGACACGGAGCGUCCGGACAGCCCCGCCUCCAGCGCCACGCUGGAGUCGGACGGCAGCGGCCCCGAGUCGGAGGCCUCCGCCGUCGGCGCCUUCCUGGCCUCGGACGGCCGCGCCCGUCGCCGGCCCGGCCAGCGCCGCCCCCGCAAGGCGGGCAGCCGGUCGGACGACAGCGAGGGCCGCGGCUCGGCCGACGGCAGCCCGGCCAAAUCCAAGGGACGCCACGUGUGCGGCGAGUGCGGCAAGUCCUACGCCACGUCGUCCAACCUGAGCAGGCACAAGCAGACGCACCGCAGCCUGGACAGCCAGCAGGCCCGCCGCUGCCCCACCUGCCACAAGGCGUACGUGUCCAUGCCGGCGCUCGCCAUGCACAUGCUGACCCACGACCUCAAGCACGAGUGCGGCGUGUGCGGCAAGGCGUUCAGCCGGCCGUGGCUGCUGCAGGGCCACAUGAGGUCCCACACCGGCGAGAAGCCGUUCGCCUGCGCGCACUGCGGCAAGGCCUUCGCCGACCGCUCCAACCUGCGCGCGCACAUGCAGACGCACUCCGCCUUCAAGCACUACUCCUGCCAGCGCUGCCAGAAGAGCUUCGCGCUCAAGUCCUACCUGAACAAGCACUACGAGUCGGCGUGCUUCAAGGGGCCGGCGGCGGAGGAGGACUAG